AUGGACUCAAACAUAUUUAACCGUUUCCAGGAGCUGUUCGUCCCCCUAAAUACAAAGGGGGAGCUGUACGAGGUGUGUCCGGAGGAGCUGUCACCGGCGGAAUGGGAGGCAGGGGAGCCGCCUGCUGUGCCGCCCCCAGACGCCGGGGCCCGCGCUCACCGGCUUCCGCACCUCUUGAGCCUCUGGCGGCUGCCGACGAGGGUUCGGCUGCUCGCCGGCACGGUGCCUAUCGAAAUGGCGCAUGAUGUUGGAGAUGACCUUCUGCUGCGGGCAGCGGUAACGGAACCAGUAUUAGUGAUGUGCAGCCUCCCGGAGUACGGCUCGAUGCCGUCAAGCCCGAGCAAGCAAGUCGACCCUCGCUACCACGCCAAAGAGGCGCUGCAGCUCCUGCCCCUCAACGGGAAUAUCAGGGUCCGUCGCACCCAGCUCGGCUUCGAGAGCGAGAAGCGCAUGUUCCUCUCCGCCCGCCUCCAGAAAGCUCUAACCUUCUGUCAACUCAACGUUGACAACUGGAUCAGGCAGAUCUCCUACGCAAGCUCCGCCGUCGUCGGCAAAGCGAAAACCGCCGAGGACAUCAUCAAGGAGGACCACGAACCGGUCAAGUUUGAGAAGGAACGGAAAUUUACGCUGCAAGGCUUGAAGAUCGACACGUCUAGACUGUUUGGGAAAAGUGAGAAAGUGUUGAAAGAUAUCCCAGAUGAAACGGAAGGAUCUAUCAUAUUUUUAAGUAAGAACGAGUUGGAGCAUAUGAAUUAUGACGUGUAUAGUGAUGAUGAUAAGGAUGAGAAAUCUGAUGACAAAGUAGAGCAAGAACCGUUCUCUAGAAAAAUGCACGUGUUCAGAGAAGACUCUGGGCAGAAGAAGAGUAAAUGGUUUAAGAAUUUGAAACUAUUGAAAAGUACGGAGAAGUUAACGGAUGAGAAAAUAACAGCGAUUGAAAGCAAUGAAAAAGGUACUGAUAUUAAAGACCCGUUUGAUCCGUCAGCCGAGAAGCAUAGUUCGAUUGAACGAUACCAGGAUAUGGCGAAGUUGAUUGAAGAUAGAUUCGGCGCGUCACGAAAAAGUGAUGGCACGGCUGAAAAGAGUCAUUCUUACAAAAGCCUUACCACAUCUUCAUCUGAUAUGGGAACUAGUCAAUGUAGUUCGAACCACAAGAAACCAGUGUUAACAAAAUCCGUAUCAGUUCAGACUGGAAUGCCCGACAACUCAGAAGAUGAUAGCGGCAUAAAUAUGAAACAUGGUAGGAAAAAUCUUAGUGUCGAUCAAAUUAACUACUGCGGAUCUAUGGAAAGCGACUCGAGUUCAGGCCGGAAAUUAAAAUCUUUAGACGAGAAUAUGCUUAAGAAAUCGUCAGGCGUAAAAUCUUCAUCGAAUCUUGAAAGGCGACAGAGAAUACAGCCAGAUUUAAUUCCAGAAAAGGCUAUAGUAAAAUCUGAAUCGUAUAACCAGUUACAAAGUUGUGAGGAAAUCAAUAUGUUUGGUGUGGGAUCUUUAUACAAUGAUAGUGACUUUGAAAUUAACUACAAACAACACUCUUUUAUAACGGAGAAGCUUUGCUCAGAAUUUCACGUGAAGACUAAAAGGGUUCUUAGCAAAUCUACUUCUAAUCUUCUUCAUCCGAAGAAAUCCACGGAAAAGAAGGAGCAGAACAACAGUAACAGCAUGCCAACGAAAACUGAGCGAUCGAAUGAUGGCGAGAAAAUCAACUUUAGAAAGAAAAUCGAUAAGCCUAGAGCUCCUACUCCCAAAUCCGAAGAUGAAGAAUUAACGGUUGAUAUUUCGGAAGAAGAACCUCAAACCAGGGUGAAAAUUCGAAGAUCUAUAUCAUCAAUACAAAAGCGUAAGUUACCUGUCAUUGAAGAUCUCCCGUACGGCCAAGUAGCUGACGCAGUGCAUCUAGAAGAGGAAACAGUAGAAUCUGACACCGUGUCCGACAAUAUAUAUGCAGAAAUCUGCACUCCUAACGGCAAUAAAGUCAGUGAUGAUGAUUACGAUAACAAUAUUGAUGUAUUAGCCAAUGAUCCCGUCAUCUGCAAUGUUAAAAAGGAAGUCAUAAUUCGGAACGAUGAACGUGCGAGGCAAAUGAUCGAGAAUCAAGAAAACCCGUUCAGACAUAUAGAAGUUGUUGUUAUAGAGAAAACAACAGAUUUCGAUCUGGACAAUUCCAGUAUUAGCUCCAGUGAUAUUGAGGAAGAAAGGAAUGACGUAUCUAUAAUAGACUCUUGGGAAAGGGACAAAAACUCUGAUCAGAAAAUUCAUGCCAUCAGACUUGAGAUAACUGGUAAUGAAUACCCCAACGAAGAGAAUCAAAGUAUAGAUACGAAUGUGUUAAGUAAAGAUAAUUUGAGUUUUAGUAACAGUAUACAAUUGAAUGGUACAUAUCCCAACGAGGCCAUUUAUGACACUUUAAAGUAAGUUAGUUUUAUAAAUUGGAUAGACACGAGCUGAAAUAAUCUUUGACGGUCAGUAAGUGCUUACUUACCAAUAAUAAACAUGGCUGGUCCAGUAAUAUUAAGAGUACGUAGUGAAGUAGAAAAUUGAGUCUUUAUCAAUCGGAAACAUUAUAAAGAAGGUUAUGAAUUGAAAGAUUGAAAAUCUAGAUAGACAACGAGAACGGAUACGUUAGAUUACCAACAUUGCCAUAAAAUGUUAAAGUCCUUAUAGACAUUAAUGGGAAGUGAUAGACCAAGCAAAUAAUUAAGAUAAUUUCAGCUCGUCUAAUUAACACGAAUUAGUAUAACACGGUCACGUAGCAAAUAGCGUUUGUAGUCAUUUUUUGAGGUACCAAUAAAAAUAUAGCCUACAGAAUCUGCUUGAGGUAUUUGUAUUUUAUAUCGAAUUUUUCUUCGUUUAAAAACGAUUUAUUUUAGCUUUAGUUAUGUAAAUAACUUCUCAGUAACCAGGGGAAUGACUGAUAAGUAUGAGUAUUGACCUACAGAUAAACAUUUGUGUAUUAGUGCUAUAGGAAUCUAGUGAUAUUAUAACUCAAAUAUUACAAACGUCAAAAAAAUAUUGCGUUUCAUAAAAAUUAUUGCGUUUUAUAAAAACCGCUUGUAGCGACGAUAUACAUUUUUUUUUUCAAAUAAUGCCUUGGGAUUUGAUAGGAAUGUUUUUUUAUAUAUAGAUUGGUAUAUCACGCAAUAUGGAACCUUUUUC